CACCUUCACUGUCUUGCUUGCUUCCUUUUGAGAGAGAGAGAAAAAAAAGAAGGAAGCUUGGUUUGUUGAGUGAGUGAAGAUGGAGGGGAAAGAAGAGGAUGUUAAGCUUGGAGCAAACAAGUUCUCAGAGAGGCAGCCCAUUGGGACAUCAGCACAGACUGACAAGGACUACAAGGAGCCACCACCAGCUCCAUUGUUUGAGCCUGGUGAGCUCAAGUCAUGGUCUUUUUACAGGGCUGGGAUUGCAGAGUUUGUGGCUACUUUCUUGUUUCUCUACAUUACAAUCUUGACUGUCAUGGGUGUCUCCAAGUCUAACACUAAGUGUUCCACUGUGGGUAUCCAAGGAAUUGCUUGGGCUUUUGGGGGCAUGAUCUUUGCCCUUGUCUACUGUACUGCUGGUAUCUCAGGUGGACACAUCAACCCAGCAGUGACAUUUGGGUUGCUCCUGGCAAGGAAGCUGUCCCUUACGAGGGCAAUCUUCUAUAUGGUGAUGCAGUGCCUUGGUGCCAUCUGCGGUGCUGGUGUAGUGAAGGGAUUCGAGGGUAACCACCAGUACGAGCUGUUGGGAGGUGGAGCAAACGUUGUUGCCCAUGGCUACACCAAGGGUGAUGGUCUUGGUGCUGAGAUUGUUGGUACCUUCGUUCUUGUUUACACUGUUUUCUCUGCCACUGAUGCCAAGAGAAAUGCCAGAGAUUCUCAUGUCCCUAUUUUGGCUCCUCUUCCCAUUGGGUUUGCAGUGUUCUUGGUUCAUUUGGCCACUAUUCCUAUCACUGGAACUGGCAUCAACCCAGCAAGGAGUCUUGGUGCUGCUAUCAUCUUCAACAAGGACCAUGCAUGGGAUGACCAGUGGAUCUUCUGGGUGGGACCCUUCAUUGGAGCUGCUCUUGCUGCCAUUUACCACCAGAUAGUGAUUAGGGCUAUUCCUUUCAAGGCCAGGGCUUAAAAUUCUUGCAUGGUUCUUCUGUGUGUUCUUUUCUUGUGCUUUUCUUCUCUUUCAACCCCUUGAUGGUGCGCUGCGUUACAGUAUCGUUUGUGUAAAUUAUCUGGAUUAUCUGUAGAAACUUGCGACAGCUAUCUAAUGAAGGAAUUUUUGUCAUUUGUGCUGAAUUUAACUUUACUUCCUACCAAUAAAUUCCCUUGUGUUCA